AACACGCGACAUGAUAUAAUUCAUUUUUUGUUAAUUUCGAUGCUAAUAUGUUUAACUCAAUGUGCGUUAGUACAUCCUGCGCUUGAUGACGACUCCGCAGCAGAGCAAAAAUGUUUCAGAAAAAUAAUAAGCAGCAUCACAGGAAAUUGUCUGAUCGUUGCUAACCGACAAAUAAAAACAACACGCUUUUCCGUUAUCAGCUUGAACGCUGAGUUGACUAAGCGGGUGGCAGCUCAUUAUCCGUGCUUAAUAUACGUAUUCGAUUUGCGAAGUCUUGCAGCACUCACAAAUUUUUACCGUCAACUCGGGAAUUUUGAGCCCAGAGCUUGGUACGUUAUACAACGGAGCACGGUAAACUCGACCCUUUUCAAAAUGUUGGCGAAGAACUUCGUAACUAAAGUUUAUGUUAUCGACGAAACGUUUAAAGUAUUUACGUAUUUUCCUUACAAAUAUGAAAGUAUUAAUCGACCUGAUGUAUCGCCACAAAUUGUAGGGGAAUGCGAAAAUAUAUCCCUCGCUUAUACUUUCCCGUACCCCAAGAAAUGGAGGAACACUACUCUUAGGGUCUACUUUCGCAAGGUGAUACCGUUCGUCAUUGGUUACGGUUUAGGGUUAGAAGAAAAACUGUUGAAAGAUUGUAUCCAACCGCUCGGAAUGAAAUUGAAUGCGACUUAUCAUAAUCACACAUUUCAGGGAGACAAGAUCAACGGUUCCUACGAGAAUAGAGGGUUGCAGCUGUUAUAUGAAAAAGAGUACGACGCGGCGAUAGGAGCGUACCAUGCUCAUGCAGGUUCUAGUGCGUUCGAUUUCGAUAAUUCCGCUGUUUACGUUAUAGACGUGGAGAUAUUUAUAUUCCCCACAUCCCUUCAGAGGACGAACUGGGAGAGAAUAUUUAACCUCUUCUCCAUAGAGGCGAAGUUUGCUUAUUAUGGUAUGGUGGUAUUUUGGGUAAUGGCCGUUCAUUUUCUUUACGGAGAAAAAAUCAUUACUCUCUUGAAGCUCACCUACAUAAUAUCUGUACAAGUAGCGGAUAAUAAAAUUCCAACUGACCACUAUAAGUUUCGAAUACCUCUCGGCUUUUGGCUAAUGUGCCUCUACAUCAUUACGACCAUGUUUACCAGCUCCUGCCAAGGAAUAUUCUACAGUGUGUCAUAUUCAAAGCCGAUGUAUUCUGUGAAUGAUGUUUUAACAUCUGAUCUACCCCUAUUGGUACCACCCGAAACGUUGGACCGAUACGCCGAAAGUUCUAGCGAAAUAGAUCAGGGAUUGUACGCCAAAAUGCAGGUUUGCCGGAACAGAACCAGUUGCGUGGUCGACAUGUGCAGAAAUAGAAACGCCAGCCUCACGGGCGCUAAAUUCAGUAUAUUGUUUUUGGUACUACUUCAUUGUUUGGAUGCUGGCUCUGGGAAAUUGCUUAUAGACAUCGGACAGGACAUUCGUUGGGCUUAUCAACUGACGUUCUUCACUAAAGGUUAUCCGGCUUACUCUGCGAUGAACCGCAACCUCAAAAAUUUUGUGUUAUACGGCGGUAUCACCACCAGGGAAUACAGAAAUUCCAAAGAGCAGUUCUUCACGAUAAUCGGCAAAAACAAGAAGACCAUACGGUCUGACGAUCUGGGCAUAAAAGAGUUGACUUUUAUGCUUGUAUUCUGGACGGCGGGGAUAGGCUUCGCCACCUUAACUUUCUUCUUCGAAUUGUGGUAUUCGAGGUGGUCCGUAUCAAGAAUGAAAUGAUCGACUACACAAUAAAAUCUAAUUAUUUUUUCUUGUGCGCACGCGCACUAUUAAGACUCGAAAAAUAAUUAGUAAUAAUCGAUUAAUAAUUAAUACCUUUUAGUUAUGUAUAUUUCAAUUACAGUCAUUUUUAUUUUCUAAUGCUAAAACGAUGCGAAUAUAUUUCGAAAUUAUUGUAAAUUGUCUGGUAAACUUUUUAAGCCACUCGUUUAUUAAACACUCGCUCCAAUGCGCUCCGUGCCAAAUAAACUCGUGACUUAAAUGCCGUUUACUACACUUAUUGAUUUCAUCUUCAAACGAAAUCGUAUAUUUCUGGAAGGAAAACGUUAUUCUGAGAAAUUUGUGUUAUACUUUUUUGUAUUAAUUAUUUUUAUGUCAAAUGAAACAUCAUAAUAGUAAGAAAUGAAUCCAAACUGAUCAACUCAAAUGAUAUUCAAAUUUUGUAUGCUAAUAUAUUUGUUUUUCUCUAGAUAUUUUGACUUUUUCUUCUGUUACGCAACACACAAAUUCUUUGAAUUAUACUCUGUAUAUUAGACUGUCCCCAUCUUUAAAACAUCUCUAUAAUAAAAAAUUUAAAAGAUCAACGAAAGAAUAUCUGCUUGCUCAUUGUUUUUAUUGAGUUCAACAAUAGCUCGAUCAUAGUUGUUAAUUAGUUAAAUUAUUAAACCAAAUUUUAAGAAUUGCGUACCUGUUUUAUAUUUUUUUAUUUUGGUUAUAUUUAUAAUUUUAAUAUUCUUUUAUUCGUCUGUAUAUGUGUGUGGCUUUAUAUAUAAUUGUUUUACAUUUAUAUUCUUUUGAUUUGCUAUAAUAUACCUUGACCAAAAUAAUCAAUUAGAAUAGAAAUAAUCAAAUCAAUAAUCAAUCAAUUCCAUUCUAUUCACAUUUUUGCAAUUUAACGAUUUUUUAAAUCGACUUAUAGUAUUGAACUCAUAGUCACCGUUGAUAUCACUUCACUAUUU